UGAGCCCGCGCGGCGCCUCGGCUGUGGGGGAUGCUGGCGCGGCGGGGCCAGGCGGCGGGGCUGCUGCUGCUGGCGCUGGCCGGGGAGGCGGCGGCGGACGCGCGGAGCCGGCCCUACGCCGUGCUGCGGGCGCAGAACCUGGUUCUGAUGGGAAGCGUCUUCAGCAUCUUGCUAAUUGCCAUGAUCCUGCUGGCCGUGUGUGUCUACAAGCCUCUUCGCCGGCGGUAGCGCAGGGGGCAUGUCUUCGGGAGGGCCAAGCUCUGCGGUUGGCACGAAAGCCCAGCCAGGCUCCUGUGGAGUGCACUGACCCCGGUCUUCUUCCUUGACCCUCAAACCUCUGGACUUCCAGGGCUUCUCACUGAUGGGACUGUGGGGCUGAGGUGGACCUUUUCCUUUUCUGCUGUAAGAGCUUUUUGCUCCUGGCCAGAUGUCACCUGUUGCUGUCAUGGCAGUGCCACAGAGGCGUUGGCAGGGAAGGAGUUCUUGGGAACUUGGGGGCCAGCAAAGAGGAGUGAGAUCUUUAAUGGUUGCUUCAGGCCAGCCCUUACAUAACAGACUUUCAAGAAUGCUGAGAAUCUUCCUCGGGCACUGAGGGGGAAGGCUGUCUGCAUUCAUGAAAGUAUUUGGCUGUAUUGUAUUUGUGUGCCUGUUGUGUCAGGGACAGUUUGUUGGCUGUGAUCUUGUGAGUUGGUUCCGGCCCACUCUCCUUCUUGCAGUCUGUGUAUUUUUCAGUACUAUUUGCACUUCCAAGCUGGCUUGGCAACAGCACGUCGCCAAUGCUCUUUAAAGAUGGCCAGAUCAUUUUGCCUAGGAGGCCAAAAAGGCUUCUGUUCAGUUCUCUCGAUCAUAUUUUUGUUGUUUUUGAGCAAGUUAAAUUCACUCAAAGCAUUCCAGUGCAAUCCCAAGCCCAAGUUACACCCCUUUAAGCUCCUGUGUACGCCUCUGGUUAGGCUUGGUCUUGCAUAUGUGAGAUGAACUUGGAAAUGGGUUCCCAGGUUGUUGAGAGAUCGGGAGAUCUUCAGGGCCUGAUCUCUGGAAGAGACAAUGCAGAAUGAAGCUGAUCUGUCAGCUACGCUUCCCUCUGCUAGGCCAACCCACCAGAGGGGCCAGGCUAGGCUGCACCUGCUCUGUCCAUUCUCUUUGAGAUGCCGCCAUAAAUGGGGAGUGGGACCGAUUUAAGUCAGUCCAGCAUGCAGGAAAGGGGCCCCUGCCCAGCCUGUCUACCCAAGGAGGCAAAGCAAGUUUUUGGAAAUGUUCUGUAUUAAAGCAGUUAAGGCCCUCUGUUUCCCUGUGGCAUGCAGAGAGGGUUUUGAUAUGACCCACACCUAAAAUAUGAACCUCCAGAAUACCUGCCGUGGCUUCCAGGGGUGUGUUUCUUCCAGUGUGGUUUUCUGUCACAAAUCCCCUGUAUUGAGCUGGUUGGUUUGUCCAGUUUUUCUGGUUGUGGGCCGCCUCCUCCCAGUAGCUGUUCUCGUGCAAAAUGGUGCAUCAUCGAAAGCCAGGUGUGCUUCCGGAUGUUACACAAGUAUCAGGAAGUACCAGUACAAGGAUGCAGCGCCUCAGGUCAGCUCCCAUGCUCAGGCUUUUCUCUGCAUUUGGGUGGGUGGGGGCAUAAAGUGGGUGUCAGGCUCCCUUUGAAAUUGUUGUGGAGCAUGCAAGCCCAAACCACAUGCAAGCCCAGACCUCAAACACCCACACAAAACAGCACUCACUGGGCUGAUAAGAUGCCCGACAGUUCCUGGUGAUGCUUUUAGAGUCAGCAGUAGAGAGCCCCCCACCCCUGCUGGCUUCACACCACCCCAGUAGGAAAGCCAUGUACUCCCGGCUGCCGAGAUCACCGACGGCAUGCUUUCCAACUGAAUCCCAAGUGGGGGAAUCUCUCAGAGGAGCAAUUGCAAGAUGCAGCAUGGAAAGUGGCUGAAGGUGUUCAUGAGGAAAGCUGCUAUCGGGUGGGUUAUAUUUUUUAUUUUUUGUACUUGUGUAUUCAGAGUAGCAUUCUCUGGUGUAUAGUUUUGGAACGUCUGAUAUGUAACAGGAUCGACCUUUGUCAUUGUAGUAACUUAUUUUUAUUUGGCAGCUUCAGUGUGGUCUCCCUCCCUGUCUGUGUGGAGGAGAUCUCUGGGGCACCAGGGGUUUGUGUUCUUGGAGGGGGUGAUGUUGCAUUGUUCAAUUUGAAAAGCGUAAUAAAGCAGUCGCUUCACAGAAUGGA